AGUAGGUUGGACCACUGCUGCCCGAUGACGACCUCAUGUGAGUGAAGGGAAUCAGCAUAAUUCUACAUUGAAGGAAUCAUUUACAGAUAAACACUAGACUAUAAAUAUACAAACAUGAACUGCAAGUGAAACCAUGUAUGUUGAUAUUUUUGUUUCCUUUCAGUUGCAGCUGUCCAACCUGAUGGCCUUCCGUGCCUACAUGAAAAGGCAGGAAUGCUAGCCUCGUAACCUGCAGGUGACAAGAAGAUCCUCUGAUCUAGGCAUCUUUUUUUCCAUGACAUCUGAUAUGUGCAAUAAUAGAGUUUCAGGAUGUUUUCACCAAUGGAAUCUGCCUCUCACCAGAUAAAGGAUAAUCUAGUAAUCUCUAAAUCCUAUUUGGACUUGACAGCUGUCUAUGGAAGAGACAGUCACAUAAUCUUUCUAUACAAGGAGAAAAACGAUUGUGUUGGAAGACCUACAAAACAAAGAGAUCAUGGAACUUCAUUUGACUAGUCCCGAUUUCAUUUUCAUCAUACAACAAAACAGUAAGGACAAGAUAUUUAUUUGCUGAAUCAUUUUAAAUUGUGUCAUUACGGAAUGGGUUGUUCACCUUCUCAUAGUGGGAUUAUUCAAAGUAUUGCAAAAAAUGCUGCGAAACCUCUAAAGAAAAACAAAGCCAUUCUAGCUCCUGGACAAAGCGAUAAUGGAAUUACAAUUCCUCUGGGUAAAAAAAGCUCUUUGGGCUCCAGUGAAGAGCUCUGUUCUGGAACUAUCGAACAGGGUAAUGUUCCACCUGAAAAAUUCAAGAAAACCUCCCUCCUUGGGACAAGUGCUACCAAUGUCAAUAAUGCUAAAAAACUGUCUGUGGCAGAAAACCAUGUGGCAGAGGAAAUCAAAGGUAUGGUUGAUGAAUCUAUGGUCAGUAUUACUUGCCAAAAAGGUCCCCUUGAUAGAAGACUUGUAAGGAAGCAGAGCUCAACAGGAUCGGAACUUGAAUUAGGUUCUGAGGUGCCACAGGAAAAUCCAAGAAGAAGCAGAAGAUCAAAGAGCCAACGGUCAAACAAACAGGGAAGGCGUACAAAAACAAGAGAGAAACAACUUGUUUUUAGUGAAACUGAAAAGAAAGUGGACUUUCCAGAACUGCUUGUUAAGGCCCACCAGGAUGCUUAUGCUUAUAUGAAUCCAAACCUUUCAAAAUAUGAGACUGUAAUAUCUUUGGCAAAUCAAGCUACUCAGACUCAGAUCAUUUUGCAGCAGAUGGUCAGCUUCAUGGCCCUGAGGUUCGAUGAAAUCAACCAGUGUCUGGAAGAAAUUGCUGAAGAUGGAGAAAUAUUUUUAAAAAAUGCUGGGAAUAACCUUACUUGGCCUCUUGGAAAAGGGAACCUCGGAGAACAACCAGAUUUAUUACAGCAGUUGCUACAGUAUACCGUUAACAGGAUGCAAACAUUGAAUAGUACAGUGUCUUCUCUGACCUCAAAUGCCUUGCAGGAAGCUUGUACUUAUUUGCAAUCAGCUGCCACCAAUUUUGAAGGAAAAUUCAAAGUGAAACAAAUCUCUGAUGAACGCUUAAUGAGGACAAUCAAAUUACUCGAAGACUCAGCAUCUGGACCCAUUCACACCCUUCCAAAUGACUCAACUCUUUAUUCUGAAGAUAGUGGAAUUGGAGGAGAUAGUGAAUCCAUAAAGGAAUGCAAGUCCCCUGAUAAAAUGGAAAGACGGACAAGUCUUGAUUUGUCAGGACAAGUAUAUUCAAAGGGAAUUGAGCAAGAAAUAGUCAAUAUUAAUGUGACUGGUAGCUCUUCUGCAGAAAUAUGCGCGAAAGAAAUGGUUGGUCCUCGUUUUAACAACACAAGGGUCCCUAAACAAACCAGUCUGGCUACUAGUCUGUCAAUGAACUCCCUUGACUCUAGUACAACACUAGAACAAGACAGCAACAAUGAUGAGGAUUCUGAAGAUUCUACUAGCAGUGAUGAUAGUUGCAAUGAUGUGGAAAAUUAUAACAAUUUAUCAAGCCAGAUCACAUUGCCUCAAAGGCCUAUGACAUCUCCAGCAGGUGCAGGUGUCUACAAAUCUUCACCAAAAUGGUUAGAAAGCCCUGAAAAUGAAGAAAUGAAUUUGAAAAUGAAAGAGGCCAUUAGUGAAAAAAUAAAAUUUGUCCCAGAGACAUCAAGCAGCAACGUGUGGAUCAGAGAGGAAGAGGGAACAACAACUUUUGUAAGACCUAGAACUGCAGAUGGGAGUAGCAGGAGAACCUCAAGGCAUAGAAGAUCAAGAUCUGCAGAGUCACUUAGAAGUCAAAGUGAAGACCCAACACUACUGGAACUUCAAAGGACACAAAAAGAGCUCAACAAAAAGCUGGAAAAAUUGAUGACAAGUGGAAAUAAAAACAAAGAAACCUCACAGAAGGUCAAUAUCAAGUCUUUUGUACAUGUCAAUGAUAUUAUGUCAGUCAAUAAUAUUUACACCAACAAACUAAAGUCAUGCCUUGAUAAAAGUUUUAACAUUUUGCCUAGUCAGGAAAAACUUACCUUAACAAGAUGUGAUAAAGUUGCAGAAAAGGAAUCAAAUCUCAGCCUAAAAACAACACUAAACGAGACUCUGUUACAGUGUGACAUAACGGAAUUGCAAAAAAUUGCUUCAGUGGAAAUAAAACAGGAUAAUACUAAUGCGUCUCCCCGACAGUCAGUUCGGAAAUUAAUUGAAACAUUUACUCCAGUAGAUGAACCUCUAAAAAUCUCAAAUCUAAAACUUUUAGGGCCACUAAGAUGUGUGCGCAAAGUUGGCGUUCCAGUCCUUCCUCCCACAAUUCCUGCAUAUCGGGGAUUAGAACCAUUAAGCCACAAGGGUUCUAUUUUAUCAACAGACAAUGGAGGCUCUAUAUUUACAGGUUCACCAGUGAAUACAUGUAAAUUUAGCACACAUUUUCCUUGUCCAUUAACUCAAGAUAUUAUCAAAACAGAUACAAAUGAGAUUGACAUUGAAGAAGACUUUGAAAACUUUCCUCCUCCACCUCUUGAAAUACUUAUGGAUGAUUCUUUUAACAGAUUCCAACCCAAAGAGCAUGAGAAAGGAAAUCCAAAAAAUAUUGAAAGUAUUUCCAAUACCAACUCAUCUUUCAUUGUGAAGAAGAUGGGAGCAUCACAUAAAAUAAAAUCUUCAGUUAACUUGAAAGACUUGUUACCAAACAAAAAUGCCACUGAUGUAUAUAGCACUCUUGGUAAGACUUUCCGUAACCUGGAAGAAAAUGUCACGCCUAGAACUCUAGUAUCUGAACAUCAACUAAUCCCUAGACAACAAGAAAGAGGCUUAGAAGUACAGAGAAAUCAUGAAAUUGAACAGGCUGCACAUUUGUAUAAGCAGUCACACAAAAUAAUUCCUUUGCAGAAUCCAGGUGAAGUUGAGACAGUAAGCAAUGAUGGUGAGAUUCAAGAGCCAUGCAUUGAUGAACCAUCCAUACUUAAACAAAAACAAUGGUCCAAUACAUCAUACAGAAGAAAUGACAAGUCACCAACAGCAUUAAAGAGGAUACCUCCAACAAGAACAGCAUUUCCGUCUCCUUCAAUUGAAAAAAAAAUGACAAACCCACCAACUAACAAGUCUACAACUAAAACUCAUUACAAUAUACAACAAAGUCCUCCUCUAGUGCAGAAGAAUGCUAUCUCAGGAAGUACGACAAAAAUGCCAAGUCCUCCUACUCAAAGGAAGCUUCAAAGUCCUCCAUCACAAAGAAAGCUGCAGAGCCCUCCUCAAAUACGCAAGCCAGCAAGUCCACCACGUGCACAUAGACUACCAAGCCCACCAAGUCAACAAACACCACCUAGUCCACCAAAUCAACGCAAACUAACAAGUUUAUCAAGUCAACAAACACCACCUAGUCCACCAAAUCAACACAAACUAACAAGUUUACCAAGUCAACAAACACCACCUAGUCCACCAAAUCAACGCAAAGUAAUAAGUCCACCAAGUCAACAACAACAAGCCAGUCCACCAAAUCAGUGUAGAGUAACAAGUCCACCACAUCAACAACAACCACCUAGCCCACCAAAUCAACGUAAACUAGUAAGUCCAACUAUGCAAGCACCACCAAAUCAACGAAGACUACCAAGUCCACCUAGCCAACACAGAUUACAAAGUCCACCCAAUGGACACAGACUACCAAGCCCACCAAUACAGAAUAAACCACCAAGUCCACCUACUCAGCGUAGGCUACCAAGUCCCCCAAACUUCUUCCAGGAGCCUAGAUCCCCCUCCAACUGCUCAUCAUCUCCACCAGUUUCUCCUAGUGUGACACACAAAGGAUUAAGGCGCAGUUCUGAUGAAAUAUUGCCUUCCUCAAAGGUGUUUGGAAAUGCCCAAUCAAUAUUUUGCCCAUCUUCAUCUUCAUUAUUUGAAACCAAGAAACCUACACCACCAAACAACUCUGGUAUAGAAGUUGGCGCCACCCAAACGUCUGUAAUGAGGCAUAAUUUAUCUGGAUAUCAAUAUGGGGAUCAGCACAGAAGGAUGGCAAUGAGUGCAGCCAAUCCUCAACCUUUUAUUCGUAGGUGCUAUUCUGACAGGAGGCCAAGAGUUCAACUUCGGCUUCCAGGAUCAAUUUCAUCUUCAUCAUCUUGUGACUCUGCUCUUCAACACAUUGGAACUGAGGAACCUGCACAGAAAGACAGUGAAUCGGACCUCAGAGCGGCCAGCCUAGCACCCUCUCAACCUGAGCUGUGCGUUGUGGGACAAGGACUCCAAAAAGAGUGACUGCGGGUAGCCGGAGAACCAUGACCCUGUGAAUACGUUUCACUGUAAAUGUUUUUGCACAGAAGCAUUAUGGGAUUUAAUAUCAGAUAUGUUGACUGACACUAUUCAGUAAUCUUACUGUCAUCAUGGAUAAAUGUUAGUAGAAAAACUCCUUGUCUUCUAAAGUGCACAGGAUAAUCUGCUAUGCAGAUACAUUUGUGGCUAAAAUUGGGAGGAUAUAUAAUUUCUGUUAUGAUUUGGAUGGUAUUUAUUACUGAUAAUGUAAUAUAUGUGUGCAUUGUUAUUCUUAGAGUAUCAUGGUUUGCCUUCAUAUCAGACAUACUUAUGAGUCCUAGGGGUGUAGAGUGGCUUAUAAUCAGGGACAUAUUUACCGUUGGGCAGAAAAGCAUCCUUAACCCCUUAACAACCAAUGAUGGAAUAAUUAUAUUGUUACAAAUUAGUUUUUCUGUGCUAUAGCGUCGCUGAACAUCCUCACGCUAUGUGACGACCUCCAGCAUCGCUGAAAUCCCCAUAGGAAAGCAUUGAAAGCAUUUCCAAUGCUUUCCUAUGGGGAGGUUUAAUGCGCAUGCGCGGCAUUACCGCGCAUGAGCAUAAGUGUAUCCCCGUCGCCAGCCGCGCAUGCGCAAUAGGUCUCCCCCGCCGGAUGACAUCGGAGGGGGAGGAGGGUGGGAGG